AUGUCUUACUUCAGCCACCCUAAGUACAAGACCGGGGAUCUGGUGUUUGCCAAGUUGAAGGGCUACGCCCACUGGCCUGCGAGGAUCGAGCAGGUGGCGGAGCCCAACCGCUACCAGGUGUUCUUCUUCGGGACCCACGAGACGGCCUUGCUGGGCCCCAAGCACCUGUUCCCUUACGAGGAGUCCAAGGAGAGGUUCGGCAAGCCCAACAAGAGGCGCGGCUUCAGCGAGGGGCUCUGGGAGAUUGAGCAUGAUCCAAUGGUGGAGGCCUCCCCGUCCCUGUGCUCGGGGGAGGAGCAGGGCUGCGACCAGGGGCCGGGCCCCCAGCCUGCCUAUGGCCUGCUGGACGCGGCGGCGGAGGAAGAGCCGGGCCUUGGCGAGGAGGCUGAGGCAGGAGAUCAGCACGCAGAGGCCGAGGCCGAGGCCAAGGAGCCACGGCAUCUGAAGAGGAGCGCGGGGGAGCAGACACAGGACGCCCCCAAACGGCCCAGGGAGGCGGCGCCCGGCCCGCUGGAGGUGGAGCCGAGUGGAGAGCGCGAGGCUGAGGCCUGUCCUAUCAUUGAAGAGCCUGACCAACCCCAGGAGCAGCGGCCUCCCCUGGAGGAAGAGGCCACAGACCAGGAGGCCCCCCUGAUUGGUGGAGAAAUCGAAGGCCUGUAG